AUGGAACUGGAACUGGAACCGGAAACGGGGAUGGAAAUAACCACCCGCUCUGACCUCUCGCUCCUCUACCGCGUCCUGCGCGCUGUGAUCAAACCGCUUCGCCCCCGUCUCGUUCGGCCCAGCAAUCGCGCGCAGCCGGCGGGCUCGCCGCGUCUUGUUUCGCCGAGGAAGCGGGACGUAGUGAUCCAAGAGACGAUGUGUGAAGGCGUAUGGAUGUAUUGUUUCCACCCAGCUCCGGGGAAGAGGAAGGGAGAGGGGAGAGGGAACGUCCAAAAGGCCAAGGAUGGUAAUCCCACGGAUGAGUUGGUGAAAGAUGGCGUUGGCGCUGGCGCUGGCACAGGGCGGACUACGGGUCAUCAUCCAGGCGUCCGGCGCAAACACCGCGUCUACUACUUCUGCGGCGGGGGGUUUCAAUCUCCUCCCGCGCCUGAGCACUGGCGCUUCCUGACGUACCUCUCGCAGGACCUCGCGAGCCAUUACUGCAGCAGACCAUUGGCCGGCAGGGGCCAACACGCGAACGGCCUGGAUCAGGAUGCCGAGCCAGGCGCAGAGAUCGAACUGGUUCUCGUGAGUUACCCGUUGGCACCGAACAGUCCGGCGAGUGACAGUCUGGAGAUUCUAAGGAAGUGGCUGGGGAAGGUGAUGGACGCGGCAUCGGAAAAUGGGCACACGCUGAGCUUGAUGGGCGACAGCAGCGGUGGCAACGUCGUACUGAGUCUGGGAUUCUGGGCCGUGCAGAAUUACCAUGAACUGGCACUACCACAACCACAGCAGCAACAGCAGAAGAAGCAGGACGCCCCUUCCGGAGCCCACUCGCCAGCUGCUGCUGACGACGAUGGACCCAAAGAGACACAAAGAACGAGGACGAAUGAUAACUUCCCGCUCACAUCCUUGAUCAACAUCUCGGGUCCGACGGACCUGACGCACAGCAACCCGGAAAUCCGCAAAGCAGACAAGUUCGACCGCGUCCUUACAGCGCAGAUGGCGAGACAAGUCGCAGAGGUCUGGGCCGGGACCGCCGGGACCACCAGUAACAGUAACGACAACGACGAUGGCAAUGCGAACCGGAAGGCAAGGAAGGACCAAGACCAACAACGGUCCUCCUCUUCACACAAUCCUGAACCCAUCCCACUAUCCGACCCCAGCGUCUCGCCUCUCCUCAACGCCGACACAGCCUUCCACGCGCUGCGGGCUAGAAACGUACACGUGCACGGCGUCCUGGGCACGCACGACGUGCUAGCUCCUGACGGGUUGGAAUUCAUGCGCAAAUGCCAGAGGCUCGGCGUGUCGGGGAGAUGGUUGGUCUGGGAAGGCCAAAUGCAUUGUUUCCCUCUGGCGGGUGGUGGACGCGGCGGCAGGCCUGGGAUUCGGGAAGGGACAGAAGGGAGAGAAUUCUUGGUGAGUGUGCUUUGCAGAGACUAUGAGCGGGAGAAUUCAGGGGAGAUAUAUAACCGGAAGGAAAUUUCCGAGACGCUGGUGAGUGCGUGA